AUGUCUUCAGAGUGGCUUUCGGCCUGCGAGAGCUCUUGCAGCGACUACCCGGUGGGCAUCGAUGACCUUUGCGGAACUGGGGUCAUUGUCGGCUUCAUCGGUGGAGCCUUUAUUGCUAUGGUCUUUCUGAUCCUUUAUUACUUCUGGGCAUAUGAUUUUGCCAUUUGUGAUGCAGCACCGGUCAACCCAGUGGAUGACUGGGGCAACCUCAAUAUGUGCGAUUUGCAAAUCUUAACGGGAUUAGGUAUUCUGCUUGCCGGUUUUGUAUCCCUUCCUGUCCUGAAGGGUGCCCACUGGCAGAUGGUGUGCUACCUCGCUUGGUUUGCAACCGUAACGCACAUGUCCGGGUUGAGCAUGAUGUCCAAAUAUCUUCACGGACGCUCCUGGGAACGCAAAUCCCGUAUGAUACUCAUGGGUGUCCUGCUCAUCAUCCUUGUGGUUGCGAUGGUACCCAUGGCAGCCAUCACAAUAUCCGAGGACGAUGGAGGAGAAGACCUCGUGCUCACCUGGAACUGUAACGCAACCUGCUUCUUUAGUCCGCAGUUCAUGGCCAACAAUCUUCACUCAGUGUCAUUGGGGCUUCAGUGGGGGAGCACCAAAAUACUUACGCAGACUGCGGCCCAGUUUGGUUCAGCAAUAAUGGCUAUAGCGUUAAUGGCCUUCAGCUUUGUUGUUCGAUUGGGAAAGAUAACACCCAAACUUCUCUCAACAACACAAUCGAAAAAAAGGUCCAUGAGCGAGAGGGUUCAGAGCACGCUCUGGAAAAUGGCCAACAAGGAAUUCUCCAGAGCAUGGCAGGCUGUAAUGUGGAGAGAAUUGCUAGUGCGGCCAUUCUUAUGUGUGUUCAUACUCCUGCGGGCAUGGCUACUUCUAUGGUCUUCUAUGUUCUUUGAGAUACUCUGGGUCUGCUUUCUCGCCUUAUAUGGGUUGAGCAGAAUCCUUCAGGUCUCAACUCAAUUUUACACGGUAGAAGGCGCACUGAAUCCCGACCCUGACAACUCGGUUCACGGCUACCAAACACCCCGGGGUGACUAUCGUGGCGGGUCCUGGAGCUUUGGCCAGAUUCUGCCAGUGUUCCUCCUCCUCGCACCUGUGGUGGGCUUUCUAAGGUCGAUUUCGCCCAGCGAUAGUACCCUGCAGUCAAACAGCCAUUCAAAGGUUUCACCUGUUGAAAUUGGGAGAGAUAUUCCACACUCCCCUGCCAUCUUCGAGCCUCAUGCCAGGACGCAUUCCUUUGGCUCUAUCGAUGAGGAUACGGAUGCGUUCCCACAAGGCAGCCUCAAAUGUCUUCGGUAUCUGGAUAAAUCCGAGUUUGGUGCGAGCCAGCUUGCCAAACACACGUUUGUCUUCACUUCAUUGCUCGUCAUUUCCCUCAUGGUAUGGUUCUUAGGCGAGCUUUUCUUGGAUAUCGGGGUGUCAUAUUCUCUCUCAACGAUAAUCUCCACCCUCCCAGGCGCGUUCUUGGUAGGCGUUCCACUGGCAAGCUUGCUCCAUAUGUUUUUGGUAACAAGCAUCUUCGACGUGCUACCAGAAUCCUUCCGACGCCGGUCUGUGUAUUACUGGGGUGCCCAAGUAUUUGUGUACGGGCUCCUGGUUACCAGUGUCUCAGUCGCGUCGAAGCAGUCAAGAGGAUUGUGCAAGGCUUUUUGGCCGCCUGAAAAGUGCGAUUAUGCCGCAGAUACCGAUAAUCUGGUCAUUUUCAUGGCACCCAAUCUGUACAUCAUCUUAUUGAUGACUUGUAUCACGACGCUGGCUGUGUUAGUUACAACUGGCACGCACCUUUACACAUCCCAGUCUCGGGACACACGUCAAGAGUCUGAUGAAGAAAGCUCUCCUCUUGAGGUUUCUCCAGAGACAUGA